AUGGAGGCAAAUUUGGGCGCUGCUCUUUUUCUGGGCACCGAAGAGUCGCCGCGGUACGUGAGCAGCCCACAGCGCCAAGCUUCGCCGUUUCCACACGAAAGCACCAACAGACGAUUCUACAGGCGAAACAGGGACUCCAAAGGUGAAGAAUUAUUCAACGGCGAAGUACCGGGCGGCACCCUCUCACGCCGCCGGCGCGCCGACGAUUUCACACUCGAUAACAACGCGAGGAACGCGCGUCACUGUCUCAACAAUGGUGCGGUGAACAAUGGCGGUCAAACGAGUGAGCGUGAGUGUGAUUCGCCGCCGGAGCCGGCGCCACCCGAGGUGCCACCGCGUGGUCCGUCGCUGCACGUCACGUUACGGCAUCGCCCCGUGCCGUGCGAACAACCUUCAGAGCCCGACCGCCUCUAUUUAUCUGAAGGCUCCAAAGCUCCUAUUCACUACAUUAACCCUGGAACCCUACACUGUCUUGCGCAUACAGUAUUCCUACACUGGGGUGAUGAAGUACCCCAAAACUAA